AUGUCUGUGCGUAUAUGGCUCGAAGUGGGGCACUCGUGCGGACCACGAAGUACUCCGCGGGGGCAUGCAAAAGUGUUUGACUGGCGGCUGUGGGUACGCGGGGCAAACGGUCGCGAUAUUAGCGCUUUCGUGCACAAAGUCGUCUUCAUUCUACGUCCUUCUAGCGCGUUUGUUUACCCUAAAAGAGUGCUUCCGGAGCCGCCGUACGAGAUCGAAGAGACGGGCAGCAUGUCUUUAGACAUACCGAUCGACGUGUACCUAAAACACAGCAAGCAAAAAAAGAUUCGCCUGCGUUAUAGUCUAGUAAUUGAAGAUGACACGAAGAGUACCGAUAAAUCUCAGUGCGUGUCCAUCAACGUGGAGAAACCAUCGAAACUGUUGUGGAAAGCACUCAUAGCGGCAGGCGGCGAGGCGGUAGAGCAAACCAAUAGGAAGCACCGCAGUGAUCGCCUGGUGAUAACACCUGAAACACAUUCUGGACCUCCCCUGUCACGAUACCAACUUGUGGAACCUGUACAAUGCAAGCAUGUUCUGCGAAGUCCAUCGCCGUAUGCCCUCGAAGAUACUUGUAUCAAAUGUGGUGAGUCGCAGAUCGAGUUAAAAAAAGAGCUGCGCAUGGCAAAUAUGACCGAGGAUGAAAUAGAUCAUGCUGCGCAACUGUAUGUUUCUUUCUCCGAUUACGAAAAGCAUUUGGAUGCGAUCACAUUGCCGCCGUUCUCUGACCCUAUUUUUAAUAUACCGGAGUUGCCGGCGUCGCUGCAGGAAAUGCUGAAGAACGCUGAAAUCGAAAAGCCUGAGCUUUGA